UGCGUCAGGCGGAAGUUGUCUAGAUUGCGGAAGAGUAGCCACAGAUGCUGUAGGCGCAGCCCCACUGAAGCAAUUUGUUUUAGGACUCUGUAAUUCGAUCGUAUUUUGAUUUAGCUAUAUGUAGACCUCUGGGAGCUUCAGUUUACAGCUCGAUCAGGUAGGUGAAGAAUGAAGACAAAGUUUCUCAGUGGCGUUUAGCUGAUUAACCGUUUUAAACUCACGGUGCUUUGCUAAAUUAGCGUGGCUAACGCGACGUCGUUGAGAGGUAUUGGUCACUUUAGUGACAGGGCUAGUUAGGUAUAAAGAGCUCAUGGAGGAUAAGACAUAUUUGUAUGACACCCAGAGCAUGUCAGUAGACCAGGAGGUUUCUACAUGAGGUGAAAGUAAUGUUAUGUGAGUCAUUACUUAAGCUGAAAAGGGCCCAUAGUUGCGCAUCUGCAACUGGACAUUGUCUGGGUGACAGAAUCUGUAGAUGAUAAAUAAACACAUUCCAGGCUGAGCUGUCAUGAUGGCGGACCACACUGAUGUCAGUCUGCAGCCGGAGGAGCGGGUCCGCGCUCUGACCAAGAAGGGAAGCUCAGUCGAAGUUAAUGAUGAUGUGCCCCCGCGCCGCUAUUUCCGCUCCGGCAUGGAGAUGAUCCGCAUGGCUCACAUCUACGCAGAGGAGGGCAACAUUGAGCGCGCCUUCGUCAUUUAUAAUAAAUAUAUCACUCUCUUUAUAGAAAGACUUCCCAAACAUCGGGAGUACAAGACCGCUAACAUUCCUGAGAAGAAGGACACACUAAAGAAACUGAAGGAUGUUGCUUUUCCUCAAGCAGAGAUUCUGAAAAAAGCUCUUUUGCAGAGAUUUGAACAAGAGUAUGCACAACAUCUUGUCAAAAAGAAAGCGGAGGAGGAGGCCUUGGCGCGGGAGCAGUCCAAGCAGCGUGCGCUGGAUGCAGAGCGGGAGCGCGUGGCCAAGAUGCAGCAGCGACAGCGGGAGCAAGAGCAGUUCAGUGCCUUCGAGGUGAUGAUCCGCCGCCAGGAGCUGGAGAAGGAACGCCAGCGCGUGCUCUUGGAGUUCGCAACGCCCGCCACGCCUUCCCCUGACAUGCCCCUCCUUCCAGGCAUUCAGGGCCCCCCACAAAUCUCCCCCACCCCCCCACAGAGUCCAGGGGGCCUGUCUGGCGUCACCAACCACCAAUCCAAUUUCCCUCCUGCAACCAACAGCACACCAGCCCCCAGCCUGCCCACCGUCGACCGGUCGCUCAAGCCCGGGUUUCUGGUCAGCCCAGGGAACAACAAUACAAUGGUGGAUGCCCUUCGGCAGUUGGCUGUUCCCGCUGAGCUGUGCCGGAGCUUCCUGAGGUUAGCCGAGGCUAACACAAGCCGCGCUGUUGAAACUUGUGGCAUCCUGUGUGGCAAACUGACCAGAAAUGCGUUUACCGUAACCCACGUCAUCGUACCAAAGCAGAGUGGUGGACCGGACUAUUGUGACACCGAAAAUGAGGAGGAACUCUUCCUUAUACAGGACCAGUAUGAUCUCAUCACCCUGGGCUGGAUACACACUCACCCCACACAGACGGCCUUCCUGUCCAGCGUCGACCUCCACACACACUGCUCCUACCAGAUGAUGCUGCCGGAGGCCAUCGCUAUCGUCUGCUCGCCUAAAUUUAACGAAAUCGGCUACUUCAAGUUGACGGAUCGAGGAACAGAUGAGAUCUCCACAUGUAAACAGAAAGGCUUUCAUCCUCACAGCAAAGAGCCCCCUCUAUUUACACACGCGGGACACGUCAAUAUCACCAAUGACACUGUAACCAUGAUGGAUUUGCGGUGAUUUUUCUUUUUUGCACCAGAAAACUCAAAGACUGUUUUAUGAACCUGCAGACAUUUCACUUGGAAAAAAAACACUACUUUUAUUUUCAGGACAGUACUGAGCAAAUGCCGGCCACAAGUUACCAUUUAUAUGGACUUCAUUUGUUCUCAAAGGGAACAACAUUGUGAACCUUUUUUUUUUUUUUUUUUUUGCUGUCUCAGAGAAUAGAAAUCCACAUAUUAUUGCACUUUGCAAGCAAACAACUACGAUCCACUUUACUGACUGGCUCUUUAACCCCUCUGUUUUUGUCAGUAUAUGCUCUACUUCCUUACUACUGUUACUAAUAAAAAUGUGUGUUUGUCUGUCUGUUAACCCAACCUUUGUUUCAUAAAUGCCAUCAUAGUUUGGUUCUGCCUGACAGAUAAAGUGCCAAGAACGAGAACAUUCACUUGCUGUUGAGUUAUUCAUUUUGUAACAAGAAGUUUGUUAUCUUUGUUCUUUUGACUGGUGUGUUUCCGUCAUAAGCUGUUGAAGUGCUAUGAGUGAUGGGAGAAAUGAAAGCCAGUUGUAACUCAGGUAUGCAGGCAGUGUUGCUGCUCUGUGUGAUUUUUUUUUUUUUUUUUUUUUUUUUCUCUAUACAACCACCACCACUGCAAAGUAUCCUUUAUCUACAAAGGGUUUUGUUUGAAGUUUAAUUCCUGCUUACAGUAUGAUGGAUCCACCUUUGACUUAUUCUUUGUUUAUGUUUUGGGGGGGGGGGAGUGGUUGAUAGUACCUAUAUAACGUGUCUGUGCUUCAGAAGACGUGUGCACCAGGCAAUCUGAAUGUACCUUCUGCUACACGUUACUACACAUUACUAACCACCUGGCCAGGGAUCAUGCCUCUAACGAUUUUUGUUUGCUCCUUUCGCUUGUUAGAAGAAUUGAAUGAUUAGCCAUGAUUCUGAGAUUACUUUAAAUUAAUUAAAUGUCAUAUCAAAAUAAACUCAUUGGAGAUGAA